AUGUUAGGUUAUGGGGGGGGGGGGUUGGGGUGGGGAGGGGUUUAUUUUAGGUGUGGGGGGGUUGGGUUGGUGGGGGUGGGGGGGUGGUGGGGUUUGGGUUUUGUGUUGUUGGGGGGGGUGUUUUGGUGGGUGGGGGGGGUUGGUGGGGGUGGGUGGUGUGUGGGGGGAGGGUGGUGGUUGUGUGGUUGUGGUAGGGGGGUGGUGUGUGGGGGGGGGUUGGGGUGGUGUUUUGGUUGGUGUGGGGGGGGGUGUGGGUGGUAG